AUGAAGAGGUUCAUUCGUAGCUUUUUUGCCAUCGCCUGUCAAGCAGUUCUUCGCACCCCCUUGCCCCAUGCAGGAGAUAUUCUACAACAAGGUCGUGAUGAUCCACCGAUAACGACUCACCAUGUGAUACAGUGGCUCCCGUGCGCCGACGACAGCAACCGACGGGUGCGAGACUUUUCUUCGGAGACGUGGCCGCCUGAACCAGGGCAAAGUGAAACGGAGGAGGAUGGACAGCAACAGGUCUGCUUGCCUUUCGGCGGUUGUGCCAUAGGCCAGGCGCAGGGCUUCGAUGCAGCACCGGAGCAAGCGAAGUUCGACGCUGACGUGCGUGUAGACACGAGGAGCCCGGCAGACAAUGGCCGGAAGGUGCAGCAAUCGGCACCCAGUCGGAGCCUUCGUGUUCCGAUGCCCUUGUGCUUAAUGCCCUCAAGAUUCCAAAACCUCGAACCCCUUAAACUCCUGAAACCUAAGCCACUGACACCCAAUCCUCAAACCCUGAACCCUUGGGGGUCGCAGAUGUGA